UCGCGGGGCUAACGGGCUGCCGCUGGGAACCACCUUAGACGCAGCGGGACUUCGACACAGGACCGCACGGUUGGGGCUCCUUGGAUAAUGGCACACAGAAAGGACAUCCCAUGAGCCUGGCCAUCAUGACGUCCAAAGACAAAGAUGUGGCACCUACACCAAGCUCCCCCUGGGAUGCCAUCCUUGAGGCUGCCAAAGACCAGGUCCCAUCCCUGGACUCAGACUCCUCCUUGUCAGAUUGCGGCGAAGAGCCAUUCAUCUUCCAGCGAAACCAGCCCGUCCUGAUUCCAGACCUGGCUGAGGAGCUGGCCGAAGACCCUGCUGAUGACAAUAAUUCUAGGAUCUGGGUCCCUCUGGCUGAAACGUCCUUGCCUGAGCCAGUUCUGGUGCCUGUGGGACUUGCCACCAAACCUGGGAGUGGACAGAAUGCAAGUACACUGGGCCUGGCUUCUCAGGAAGGCUGGUCUCUUGAGAACUGUGCUGAGACCAGCACUUUUCUUCAAAUGGCAGAGGAGACCCCCAUGUUGCUGGAAGGUGACCUUGGGACCAUGUCCUUCAACACCAAACAAUUCCAGCGUCCUCCCUGGGACCCACAGGGAGAAGCCACCCUAUCCCCUGAAGGAGAGGUGGGGAUAGAGCCUCUGAGUGCUGCCUGGCGAGAUUCUGCAAAACGCAGAGCCCUCCGGAGAGAGAGGAGAAAGAUGAUAGAGAAGGAAAUGCUCCACAAAGUAACCUGGGAUGCCCUGGACCCAGCCUGCAGGGACCAGUGUCAGUCUACUGAGCCAGGUCUCAGGUCAGAGGCACCAUCAGAGGGACCUCGGGAAGGACAACUGGUGCUCUCACUCCAGCAACUUGAAGAGUGGGAUUUGGAUUAUAUCCUUCAGAGUCUGCCAGGGCGAGAAGACAAGCAGGGAAAUGGUGCACCCAGAACUUCAUGGUGGGCAGCUGACCUCCAGCAGAGCCAAGCCCAUACUGCACCACACUCCCAGGACAGGCUCCUGGAACAGCUGGCUCUCCUGUGUGCUGUACAGUCCGGAGCCCCUGCCCCUGCCCGGAAGCUGCCUGCUGACACACCCCAAGACACAGAGGAGCAGGAGGCCAGAAGCAGAUGUGCUUCUACGAAGCCAGGCUUCCAGGCUGAGCCCUGCCAGAAGCUGGCUGACGGCAUGAGGCUGAGGAUGGAGCCUCCCACCAUCUUCAUGGAUCUGCGGCCGGCAGAGUCUCCAGAGCCAUCUGACCACCAGUCCUCAGGAAGCUCCAGCCACAGCUCCUCUGACAGCGAGGAGGAUGAGUCAGAGAGAGAAGCUCUGAAAGCCCCGCAUAGCCCAGCACAGCAGGCAGCUACUCUCUCCCAGGAUUUUCGGAGCUGUACUUGCAAGAGUCAGCUUCUCCAGCAGCUGAGAGCAUUUCGGAAAGGGACAGCUCUGCCCCAAGUACCUGCCAGGAAGAGGCCAGGUGGCCAGAAAGCCCUUGAAGAUGCAACUGAGAGGAAGGAACAAGUGAAACUCAGCACUGAGGGGCAGAGCACCCAGACCAGACUCCAAGGAGGACAUCCUAGGGCCCUGGGGGACCCUCUUGAGCCAGAGUCAGCUAGGGAGGUCCUGAUGCCUCCUCUAGGCCAACUAUAGGUGCUUCAGGUGAGGGGAUCUGAGGAGCAGGUUGGGGUGGUCUGCUUUUCCAUGCACUGGUGGGCCCCUUGCUGUCCACGUGUGUCCAUUAGCAGGUGGCUUUGUGGAGUAGGGACUCUGACUGUGAACUCACCCUGGCCUUCACCAGAACCGUCCUGACAUUUUCAUGCACACAGCAAAGACUUAAACACAGAUUUAUACAUGAAGUGUGACAGCAACUCUGGGAAACCACGUGGACCCCAGCUUCUGCAGAGCCAGGAAGGAAACCGCAGGACUCUGGGACUGCGAGCCUCUUCCAUCCUUUCCCAUUUCUAUUCUUUUUUCCCUUUAUCAAGCAUCUAUCAUUUCCAUUUUACAAGUUCUUUUUAGACACUAAGUAAAACGUAUUUAUAUAAUUUCAGGUUUGAAAGAGACUUCAGCCUUUUUUCUGGGCCCCUGAGUACUUGCUAUUUCAAACUAACCUAAAUUAACACAGCUUGUACAAACCCACACAUAGGCAGACUUAUUAUUUUUUUUUUUAAAGGUAACAAUUGAAGUUCGCUUCUUUUUUUCUCUACCCAAGAUAAAAAAGCUCACAUAGGUUCCAGGAUCCUUCCAAACUAAAGGUGAACCUAGACAGAACACUGGAAUGGAACAGUGCCCACCCACAUCGAUAACCACCAAGCAGGGUCCAGCUGGUCCCCUGCUGGGCCUGGUCUGGCCUCCAUGGAGAAGCCUGUCCCCCCCAUCCUGUUACAAGCUUGUCCCCCAGCUCCCCAUCUUAGAGCCCUUUACUAACUGCUUUCUAGGCCCUGAUCUCUUGCCAACUUGUACCCAGGACAAGGGCCCAGAGCCCCUGCCUGCCCUGUGGAAAAGCAGAGAAACCAUGUCAGUCGGGUUCCUCCAUGCCAUGGCUCACGAGGCAAAGCUGGCGCUUGGCAUCUGGGUAAAUGUUCAAACAUUCAAACUGAGGGUUUCUGCCAGUUGCCACAACAGAGGGUACACAAGGUUCUCUUUGUAUCCAGCCCUGAGCCAGGCCAAAAGCUAGGUAGGCCCUGCCCAGCCACAGCAGCAUCACAGACACCAGCUACAGGCAGCCACAACCAGGGCCACAGACUCCUGCUCUUCAGACACCAACUCAUCUGGUCACUGGAGGCCCACCACCAGCUCCCACCCCAACAUGAGGGACAUUUCUAUUAGAAGCCAAAUGUCAAGCAGGCCUCCACCAAAGCCACCGGAAGCCUCUCCAGCCAGGCCUGGGCCGGACCCCUCCCCCUUGGCUCUGGGGCAAGGCCUAACACCCGGUAGUAUGGCUUCCAGAUGGCCACGCAGCCUCCAUCACGGCCACUUAGCUGUCAAGAGCAAAGGCAAUUAUUUUUUCUAUGACUACAUUUUCUCCCCUUUAGAAUGUCUCACAGUAUUUGAAAAUAAAGUGUUUGAUCCAAGUUCAAA